AUUUUUUAUUAUAUAUUUUUAAUAACUAUUAACAAAUAAUAUUUAAUCUGUUUAAAUAUUCUCAAUUAGUGUACCCUUUUUACUAUUACACAAAUUUUAAUUUCAACCACUAAAAAUUCCUUAACAAUCUAGAAAAUCAACUUUGUGGAACAAAAAAAAAUCUUUUUUCUUUUGAAAUGGAUGUAUUAAUUAACAGCAAGAAAAAAAGUAAUGGCAAUACAGCUAUAUAGUGAACACAAGCAUAUGCCCAAGACAUUUCCUUUAAAUUCUCUUCUCUUCCUCUGUUUAUUUCCUGAGAGUGCUCUAAACCUUCUACCUCUACUUCUACCUUAUCAUCCCACCUCUCAGUAUUUUCAGUUUCUUUCAAGAAAAGUAAAAAUGGGUUUAACCUCAUCCUUACGGUUCCAUAGAAGAAACAACAAGACUUUCCUCAGAAUCUUCAUGAUCUUGGUUCUAAGCUGUAUACCAGGUAGAACCAAUCUUUGUUCCAAUCCUUCUCUUAGUACCCCAAUAGAUUUACCUCCUUCAGAUACUCUUUCCUCAUUAGAUUCUCUCGACUUGGAAGGUUACAUCACCUUCCAUGACGUCCACAAUGCGUCCAAGGACUUUGGCAAUAGAUACCACUUACCACCUCUGGCGAUUCUCCAUCCAAAGUCAGUUUCUGAUAUUUCAACAGUGAUGAGGCAUAUAGUACGCUCCACAUCAAAUCUUACAGUAGCAGCCAGAGGCCAUGGCCACUCUCUUCAAGGACAAGCUCUAGCUCAUCAAGGUGUUGUCAUCAACAUGGAGUCGCUUCGAAGUCAUGAUAUCAAGAUUUACAAAGGGAAACAACCUUAUGUAGAUGUCUCAGGUGGUGAGUUAUGGAUUAAUAUUCUACGUGAGACUUUAAAAUACGGUCUUUCACCAAAGUCUUGGACAGACUAUCUUCAUUUAACUGUUGGAGGUACUCUAUCAAACGCUGGAAUCAGUGGUCAAGCGUUUAAGCAUGGACCUCAAAUCAACAACGUUUAUCAGUUAGAGAUUGUCACAGGGAAAGGAGAAGUAGUGACCUGUUCUGAGAAGCGAAACUCUGAACUUUUCCAGAGUGUUCUUGGUGGGCUUGGACAGUUUGGGAUAAUCACCCGGGCAAGGAUCUCUCUUGGACCAGCACCGCUUAUGGUUAAAUGGAUCAGGGCACUCUACUCAGACUUCUCUGCAUUUUCAAGGGACCAAGAACAUCUGAUUUCAAAGGAGAAUGCUUUCGACUACGUGGAAGGAUUUGUGAUCAUCAAUAGAACAGACAUCCUCAACAACUGGAGAUCAUCAUUCACUCCCAACGACUCCACGGAGGCAAACCAGUUCAAGUCAGAUGGUAAAACUCUGUAUUGCCUAGAAGUAGUGAAAUAUUUCAACUCAAAAGAAGCAAACUCCAUGAAUCAGGAAACUGAGAAGGUACUUUCAGAGUUGAGCUAUAUUCCAUCCACUUUGUUCUCAUCUGAAGUACCAUAUAUCGAGUUUUUAGACCGCGUGCACAUUGCUGAGAUCAAACUGAGAGCUAAGGGUUUAUGGGAGGUUCCACAUCCCUGGCUGAAUCUCCUGAUUCCCAAAAGCAGCAUAUCUGACUUUGCUACAAAAGUUUUCAACAGCAUUGUGACUAGCAACCACAACGGACCUAUCCUUAUUUAUCCAGUCAAUCAAUCUAAAUGGAACAAACAUACGUCUUUGAUCACUCCAAACGAAGAUAUCUUCUACCUGGUGGCCUUUCUCCCCUCUGCAAUCCCAAAACCCUCAGGGGCAAAUGAUUUGGAGUACCUUUUGAGACAAAACCAAAGAGUUCUUAGCUUCUGUGCAGAAGCUAACUUGGAUGUGAAGCAGUAUUUGCCUCUCUAUGAAACUCAAAAAGAGUGGAGAUCACACUUUGGAAACAGAUGGGAAACGUUUGCAAAGAGGAAAUAUAAGUACGAUCCUCUGGCGAUUCUAGCGCCUGGUCAGAGAGUUUUCCAAAGGGUGUCGUCACAAGUAUCUUCCAUCCAACUUCUCUAAAGCCAAAAAAACGCAACACAGUAGUGUAAAGAGGCAAGUGUUCCCCUUGUAACGGCUUCAGCUAGGCAGCUAAGAGAGUGAAAUUCUUUUUCUUUUUUUUUUGGGAAACAACAAAUUUUAUACUCCUUCCUUUUCCUUUUCCUUUUAAAUGUUAUCGUAGAUUUGUGCACAUAUAUUAAAAAAUAUAUAUUUAACUUUGUACUCUCCGUUUCUAAAUAAAUGUCAUUUUAACAUUUUUCACACAUAUCAAGAAAGUGGCGGAAAUAUAUGUAAGUUGUUAUUAAUUAUACUUCACUGACCAAUAGUAUUUGAGAUAAAUAAAAUUAUUUAUAAAAUCAAUAUAGUUUUCAAUUAAUUUUCAGCUGAAAAUAAGUUUAAUUUGCAUUGAAAUUGUAAAGUGACACUUUUUUGUAACAAGAAAAAAUGUUAAAAUGAUACUUAUUAUGAAACAUCGUUAUCUAUAUAUUUAAUCAUAUUUCAAACAAUUGGAAAAAUAAAUUAAAAAUAAAAUUAAUAUAUUUUUUAUUGAAAUUCUAAAGUAUUUAUUUUGAAACAAAAAAAAAUUAUUCUGCAAUGACACUUGAUAUGAAAUAGAAAACGGAGGGAGUAGUCUAUAUGAUAUCCAUGAAGCCUAUAAAUUGUCAUUGCAUUUGUCACCAUAGCAGGAAGUAGAUUGUUAAAAAGAAAAAUUACAUUUAGAAGAAUCUGUUUGUUAGCUUUUCAACAAGUAAAAAACUCAUUC